AUGACUGUCCCUCCAUCUUCUUCCAGAUCUAUCACUAGCAAUAAUGCAUCAUCGGCAGCCCCAGCUGGAACGAUGAAGACAAUCAUUCGAUCUUGUCUAGCUUUGAUCGUGGUGGCGGGAUUGCUUCAGAAUCCUACUACCAGCUACGUCCAAUGGUACCGGGGACCACGCAAACUAUCCGCCGAACAGGACUUGGCAGUGGCUACUAGAAAGCAACCUCUCGCUGAUGAUACCGCUAUCAGUAUCGAUGCUUCAAGUGGCAUCCGUUCGGAUCAAUCGGAGACAUCUUUGCAAGGCACCGCAGAUACCCCUGAAUUUGCUACUGCGGCUGCAGGCACUGACACUCACACUCACGCUGUCAGUGACAUUGUCCCUAAAACUGGCAGUGGCAGUACUAGUGUUGCCAAGAGAAAUGAUAAUCAGGAAGAGAAGCAGAGCAAGCAGAUCAAGCAACAGGGACGAAAGAAGAAGAACAAGAGGAAGGAGAAGCAGUCGAGUCUGAUCAGCGGUAAGAAAAGUAAAGAUCAGCAGCUUGAAAGUUUGCCUCCAUUGGACUCUUUGAUUGGUGACUUGAACGAGGACAUUACGGGUGAUGUUCAGUUUCUGUUGGACUUUGCCAUUGUAGGAUUCGGCAAGUGUGGGACUACGGCGCUCAUCAACUGGCUCGAUGAUCAUCCUGAAAUAAACACCAUUCCCAAAGAAGCACUCCAUCUCCCACGCAAGAGGCCGGCAUUGAUGGUUCAGAAACUUCAUCAAAUGAAAGAGCAAACUCUACUCUCACAACAACAAAAUAGCACUAGCAACAACAGCACCAGCACAACGAACUCUCUUCAGGGAUUCAAAAACCCAAGCGACGUACGACGCCCCGAAUCCAUGGCAUACAUUCAAAAGUACUGGCCACAAACCAAACUCAUCAUUACCGUGCGGCAUCCGGUCUUAUGGUUCCAAAGUCUCUACAACUUUCUAGUCAAUGAAAUGGGACGUUCUCAAAAGUUCUUGCGUCACACAUCGCUCAUUGGAGGUCCGCACAAGAACACGGCCUACGCCCACACUGGCAAGGGAGAGUUCCAUGCCAUUCUCAGCCUGCUCGGGAAAACACCGCUCAACACACCACAAGAAUUAGAGCUACUCCAAGGAUUCCUCCAAGAAGACGAACUGGAACAGUACUGGCCACCACCCACACCGGGGUUGCCCAACCCAAUAUUCUUUCUGGACACUUCCCAAAUGAGCGACAGCAACGAAACGCGUGCAGCACAGUUUCGGUACGAUCUGCAAGACUUUUUGGGAUUGCAACAACCUUUGCCGCCCGUGCCGCAUGUUCGUCCGGGCAAAGAUCGAAACGUCGAUGAGUCUCUCAAGAUGGAUAUUUGUGCUCCCGAAAAUGACGUUUUGCGAGCCGAACUCAUGCGAAUCUCGCGCAAGGCC